ACGUUGGAGCUCUGGCAGUUUUUGGCGAGGUUACAUAGUCCUUGGUCGUCUCGUAUCCAGGUCUAGAUGAAUAAGGUCAAAAGACUAUGGCCGUUUCGAUAUCUCAAUUGCUUACUGCKUUAGUAGUWKUGUGCAGUAUGCUGUUUUCGUUUUGGUUGGGGAAAUAUCAUGGUGAAAAAAACAACAUCCUUGAAAAAGAUCAAACAUCGAUGAAUCCUGCUAGWGCUGUCCCUGUKCUCACUAGACUUGACCCAGUCGAGGUUGGCUACGUACGUGAAAUGCAGCUGGUCAGCGGUAAGGUUCAUAAAAUAAAAACUUUGAGCAUGCGUCCUGCAUUGUUUGAAAUUGAAGAUUUCCUAAGUGACGAUGAAUGUGAGGAAAUCAUUAACAUGGCCAAAGAGGAAGGUUUUGAGGACAGCRAAGUUCAUAUGGUCGAUCCACAWAGUGCACCAUUGAAAGUGCAUAAUGUCGACAAAAAUGCUAAUGGRGUGAUUGACAAGGACGAGUUUCGAGAACUUUUAUUUUUAAUCGGAGCCCUUGAUUUAACAGACACGGACGCCAUGAAACUCUAUCAGGAAUUGGUUAAGUCUAUUAAUUCUCUGAGAGACUCGUACARUCCUCAGCAACAAAUACGCUCAAGUAGUGUCACGUGGUUAAGGGARARCGCUGACCACAUCAUACCUUUGCUUGAAAGGCUCAGAUCUCGAAUGCAAGUUGUAACUGGUCUGCCAAGGGAUAUCAUCUGGUCGAGUGAAGAUUUACAGGUUGCCAAAUACAACGAAUACGGGCACUAUCACUGUCACUAUGAUUCUGGAGCAGGGGGGGCAAACGGAAAAACCUGUUGUCACUAUGACGUCACGUCCGAUAUUGACGACUGCGUGCCUUGCCGGUACUUGACGUUCUUCUAUUAUCUUAAUGUACCAGAAGAAGGCGGAGAAACAGCUUUUCCAAUCGCUGAUGACAUGAACACAACAGCCAAGUUAUUGUUYAAAGAGAAGUCUCAUUUGUGCAACCUGUCAAAAUCCUGUCAAAAGGCAAGUAUUUCUUACAAACCUAAACGUGGCGCAGCGUUAUUUUGGUACAAUCAUCAUAUAAACGACGAGACUGGUUGGUUGGGACCUCUAGAYGGACACAGCGUACAUGGCGGAUGUGACGUUAUCAAAGGUACUAAGUGGGCUGCUAAUAGUUGGAUCAAUGUAGGUAAAGAUAGAUUGAAGGACGAGAAAGCAUGGGCCGACCACAAACAAUAUGUUCGAGACUAUGAUAAUGUUUCGUAAAAUAAUAUUAAUUUAGAAUWAAAAAUAACAUUUUA